AACCCUGCGCUCAUAAUAAGGGAGAAAAGCCGGGAAACGAAGUGGGAAGCGAGUGCUACGAUGGAGCGUUUUGUCACUCUCUCCAUGGUUCUCGUCGGCGCGGCGCUCGCGGGUGCGCUCGCCGCCGACGCGAGGGGCAUCCCCAGCGACUUCAUCCGCUCCUCGUGCCGGGCCACACAGUACCCCCACCUCUGUGAGCGUUGCCUUUCGACCUACGCGCCGCCGGUCCGCCGGAGCCCGCGCGGGGUGGCGGCGGCGGCCCUGGCCGUGAGCGCGGACAAGGCGCGGUCGGCCUCGGCCUUCGUGAGGCGGGUGUCGGUGGGGGUGCGGCCUGUGCGGUCCCGGGAGUCCGGGGCGGUGCAGGACUGCAUGGAGACGAUGAGGGACAGCGUCGACCGCCUCCGUCGGUCGGUGCAGGAGAUGAAGCGGAUGGGGCGGGCUCGGAGCCCCCGCUUCGCUUGGCACCUCAGCAACGUGCAGACCUGGGUCAGCGCCGCCCUCACCGACGAAGGCACCUGCCUCGACAGCCUCUCGCAGAACGCCGGCCCCACCGUCCGGGCGGCCAUUCGGAAGCGGGUGGUGGAGGUGGCGCAGGUCACCAGCAACGCCUUGGCUCUCGUGAACCGGCUCUCUCCCCGGAUCUGAACCCGGUUCGAACCACCACCGCCUCGGCUAUCUCUAUAGUCAUCGUUGUUAUAUAUAUAAAAAUGUAGAAAUGUAGGUAUAGAGAAUGCAGUGUUUGAAGGAGAUGUGGAAGAAGAAAUAUGUGGAUGUAUAAUGUUAGUGGCAGAGUCUUGAUGGGAGGAUAUGAUGGUAGUAAUGUUGUGAAACGCGAGCUUGUACUAAGUUUUGGCUUUGGUGUGGAGAUGAUCAUGUUGUCGACCACACAAUUAUUUUA